ACCAGAAGGAGCGAAAGUAAGCCGCCAUAUUUGUGCUUUCGGAAUAAAUACGAAAGGAAAAGAGCUAAGAGUGGUUGUUUUAGCCACAAACAUGAUUCUACUUUCAGUAAUAUUAUCUGUUAACCUGUUAACGGUAUUAUGUGUUGAUAGUGAAGAUUCUCCCAAACAUGAGCCGAAGGUUGCAUUCUGGUGUGGUAAAGUAAACAAACAUAUUGAUCUUACCACUGGUGAAUGGGUGACUGAUAAAAAUGGCAAGUCCAUGUGUGCCACGACUCCAAAAGAAAUUUUAAGGUACUGCAAACAUGUGUACUCAUCAAUGGAUAUCCAAAACAUUGUUGAGGAAAACACCCGUGAAACAAUUAACAAGUGGUGUGAGCCCAACAAUGUUAACUGUACUAGUGUUAAGAAGGUCAUAGCCUACAGAUGUUUAGUGGGUGCAUUUGAAGCAGAUGCUUUGCUGGUACCAAAAGGCUGCAGGUUUGAACACCUGCACAAAGGCAGCAAAUGCAGACCUCAUGAUGAAUGGAAAGGCAAGGCCGUAGACAAGUGCAAGGAGCAGGGGAUGAUCCUGAAGAAUUAUGGAGUCUUGAUACCCUGUGACACAGGAAAGUUCACGGGAGUUGAGUUUGUAUGCUGCCCACAAAACAUGACCACAGAGGUGCCAACGGACAGCACCCGCAUAGUACCACUCAUUGGUGGAGCUGAAGAUGUCAAUCAGCCUGAGACAACACCAAAACCCACUACAUUCAUUGAUAAGCUGGAACAUGAGAUUAAGAAAUUAUCCAAACAUCUGAAAGGCAAAUCUAUUGGCUGCAAUCCUAAGAAGUUCCACCAACGCCGCCAGAACAUGGAGAAUGAGCAUCGUCGGCGUAUGUCUCAUGUCAUCAAACAGUGGGAGGAAUCUGAGAAGCGCUACAAUAUCUUGAAGAAUGAUGAUGAAAUGCAGGCAGAGGGAAUGAUUAAAGGAGUGAUGGAAAGAUUCAAGAAAACCAUUGCCACUUUGGAAAACAAGGCAAAACUGGAGCGUCACCAGCUGCAUGAAGAACACCAUCAGUGUAAACAAAUUGAUUUGAACGACAAGAAGAACAAAGCCUUGAAAGACUUCUUGAAGGCCUUGAAGAAAACUCCUUCAGAUGGUAAUGGUGUAUUGAAAGCUGUGAGGAAGUUCCUGAAAGUCUGUACUGAAGAUCGCAUCCACAACCGUCGUCAUUUGGAAUACAUGAGCAAGGUUAACCCUGAAAAAUUGGAUGAACUAAGAGAAACUUUCCAGAAUCAUCUUGAAAGUAUCAACCAGCGUGUCAAUGAGACAAUGAUGCUCCUUUACAAGUUGCCUAAAAUUGCACGUCAAUUUUACUUUGAGCUGCCAACAUGGGCACCAAAACCAAAAGUACUGCCAACAGAAACACCAACUGCAACAGAGAUCAAGACAGAAGCUGAAGUUGUUAUCGCUGGAGGAGUAUCAGGUGAUCAUACUCAAACUGUCAAUUCCGCACACAGCAUCCAUGACAAGCACCGACACUCUGAUGCCAAGAAACAACAUCUGAAACACAAAAAAAAUGACCCUGAAAAUAGGCCUGAAGAUGAAGAAAGAUGGGAGAAAGCUCAGCCACCUGCAACAUUUGCUGUAGUGAUUGGCCUGAGCUGUGGUGCCCUUGUCAUCAUGAUUUUUAUCAUCAUCAUCAUGGCAAUGCGCAGAUCACGAAGCAGCAACCCCACAAAGACCGUACUGGUUGACCCAGACAAUGAUGCCAACUCUGAGAACCAACAUCUGGUUAAUCUUCAGCAGAAUGGGUAUGAGAACCCUGUUUACAAGCUAGCUCAAUACUAAGUACAACUUUUUCUAGCAUUUUCUCAUCAACAUAGGCUACGAUACCAAUUCGUAUAUUACCAAAGCGUUGCACUACGUUUUAAGUCAUGUCCUUGUUCUUGUUGUCACUUUUGGUUUAGCACAAUUUCUUUGUCAUAAAUUAUUUUAAGUUUCAUUGAUUUCAUUUUUUGUUUCUUUUCCUUUUUACAAUUGGUAUCUUAUAGAAAAAUUUAUUUUAUGUGUUGUAUUUUCUUUAUGACAGGAUUAGUUUAGCUUCUUUAUGCGGUUAUUUUUUUUGUGUCAUUGUGAUAUCUUUUCAUGUUCAUUUUGUUUGUUUUUUUCAAUUUACAUUUUUUUAGAUUUGAUUUAUAAUACGUAUACAAUAUGUCUAGUAUAAGGGAUGAAAGAUUCUAAAAACGAACCAUUUGUAUUAACAAGGUUUAUUGCAUUGAGUAGCUCUGUGUCAUUUCAAACCUGAACUGGACAUAUACAUUUGUGUUGGCAAGCUUAUUUGGCUAUUUUCUAUUACUAUAAUGACUGUGUGCAUAUUUGCCGUCAAUUUACUUCUACUUACUGUGCUGUACUAAGCAUGUUGCACACUUAAUCACAAGUUUUACAUGCCAUUGCAAACAGGACAGUGAUGACAAAGAGCAAUGCAAUAGAUUCAAAUAUAAAUGAAGUGAUAACUAGCUAAAAACUAGUGCGAUCUGCGUCGGUGUUUCUAAUGAAACAGUAAUGAUAAAAAGGUAAAUUAUACACAGUGAAAAGAUGAAAAAACUUACUGACGUUUCAGAUGCUAGUUUUUUCAUCUUUUCACGGUGUAUAAUUUACCUUUCUAUUAUUACUGUCUCAAAUAUAAAGUAUUGUGCAAAAAGGUUUACUAUUCUACACAUAUUCUACACUAUACAGCGAGUGACUUUGUGGUAUAUUUUAGAAUUUUGUCAAUUAGGUAUAAAAACUCAAAGCGCCCAAAAGAAAAUAUUAUAUGAGCUCUGCUCUAUCCAUGGCGGCGAAAUAAACAUCUUCAUGUAAGUUUAGAGAAUCUAAAGGUUGAAGUACUUUAUGCAUGUGUCAACUUUCUAUUUAAAUAAUUGAAUCAAUAAUAAUCCAAUAGGUGUUCAUUUAAGUUGAGUAAGGGUGAUUUUAUAAAUGAUUUUGUUAACUUUGAUAAGUUAAGGGAUCGGUAUAGUAUAUAAUAUCUUACCAAAGAAGUAGCUUUUAGUAUUUAUGGUCAAGAGUGACAAAAACAGUGCUGUCAAUGUUAUGCAACAUAGAGCAGUUUUCGUAGGAGUGGGAAGCAUGCAAUACUGAGUUACAUAUUGCAAACAUUGAAACAGCUUUCCACCGUCUUUCCAGUAUUUCAUCCAAUCACAGCACAGUUACAGCUACAGUAAAAUACGCUGCGGUCACAGGAAGGCUACAAAUUUAUUGUAUCAAUUCCCACAUGCGAAAAUUGAUCUAUAUUAUUGCAUGAAAUAAUUGAGGUUUAUUUCAAAACAAAUCUAGGUUACUGUUAAGUCAUUUUACUCUGUCUUGGUAAAAAAAUGGUAUUUAUUCAAUAAUCAGUUCAUUCUUAUGCACAACAUAGACUAACAUAGAUAGUCCAAGUACUGGCUGGCUGUCAGUCAAGAACUGUUGGUAACUUGCUACAGUACAUUACCCAUGCAGCAGCUAGUUCUAAAUGACUUAUAACUUCACGUGUGUCAAUGUAUUUUGCUUGUUUAAUGCAAACUAUGUUGAUGUUGUGGUCGUUUGGUGAAUACAGAAUAGAGGCUUUUCACCAUCAUGUGAUGGCAGGAACGAUGGCAGCCAUGAGUCUUUUCCCUGGGGAAACUGAAUUCUUUCUCAUGUAUACCAAAUAAGACCAGAUUCCAAUUAUGCAUGCCUGCCUCCUGUCAUGGGCGCCAUCAGCCUUGGUCUAUAGGCUGAUGUAAGGUUGUUAAAAACUAGUACAGUGCACAGCUUUUCUGUAUGUCGUCCAUCAGAUACUGUAUGUACAAAGCUUCAAGGAGUCCAUGUUCAUGUAUUUACCAAACCAUUGCUUCAUCUUUGUAACAACCUUUUGGUUUCUUGUAAUAAACUUAUUUAUCUUAAA